AUGUGUCACAAGGAGCCAUCAGCUGUUGUCCAUUUUGAGACUAUGCCUGCAUAUCAAGGCGAUGACUUGGUGGGUGAUAUUCGGGUGGAUGGGACUCACUUGUACGGAAAGUAUAAGGGUUGUCUGCUUGUGGCAGUUUCACAGGAUGGCAACAACAAUAUAGUCCCGAUUGCGUUUGCUAUUGUUGAGGGAGAGACUUCUGAUGCAUGGCAUUUUUUUCUAAGUAACCUCCGUCAACAUGUUGUUACUCGGGAUGGAGUGGGUCUAAUAUCUGACAGGCACGAGUCCACAAUGCAGCUGUGGAACAUAGUAACGGAGCUUGGUCACCUCCUAGAGCUUUUCAUAUGUUUUGCAUCAGGAUAUUCCAGGACAGUGCGGGAGUACGAAGUGUGUUACCAGCGGUUAAGGGACCGCGGCGAGGCGUACACAAACUGGUUAAACCGAAUUCCUCGCGAACAGUACGCAUUGGCCUUUGAUGGCGGGUACCGAUGGGGUCACAUGACGACGAAUCUAGUGGAGUGCAUCAACUCAGUUUUGAAGGGUGCCCGCAAUCUUCCCAUUACUGCUCUUGUGAAGGCAACAUUCUACAGGCUAAAUGAGUUGCUCACCCGUAAAAGAGCGGAGGCGAAAGCCCGGAUCAAUGCUGGCCAUGUGUUUUCUGAGAUAGUGACAUCGAAGUUGCAUGCAAACCAACUUGCAUCAGGAAACAUACAGGUUAGUUGCUUUGACCGGCAGAAUGAGGUCUUUGAGGUUCGUGAGAUGCCAAGUGGGCUAGGGUUUGCAGUUGAUCUACGUAGCCUUCGAUGUGACUGUGGUGAGUUCCAGGUGGACCGGAUCCCCUGUCGACAUGUGUUCGCAUGUUGUGCCAACCAGCGACUGGAUUGGCGACUGUAUGUUCAUGAUGUGUAUAAGAUGGAUCAAAUGCGGCGGGUGUACCGAGCACGGUUUAGGCCACUAGGUAAUCCCACCACAUGGCCUGCUUACAACGGACCUCGGUUCAUACCGAAUCUGUACCUGCGACGGGUGACGAAAGGUCGUCCCAGGAUGACGCGUUUUCUAAAUGAGAUGGACACGAGGAUGUUACGUCGUCCUAGGCGAUGUACUCUAUGUGGUGCUGAGGGACAUAGUCGAAGCAGAUGUCAUCGGUCAGUUGGUUCAAAUACCAACAGAGAAGCCCCCUAG